AUGGGCGUGAAUUCGGCACUAUCUGCCUGUGGCACGAAGCAGCAUUGGACAAGAGUUUCGGACUUGCUGGCCACAAUGUCGACGCUAGCCAGCACACAGCAGUCAAAAAGUUACAACAGCUCAAUAACAGCCACCCACCGUUCCAGCUAUUGGUGCUUGGCAGCACACCUGCUGGAUGAGAUGCACCAAGCUCGAGUGGUACCAGAAGAUACGAUAUCCCAGAAUGCUGUGAUCAGCUCUUGCGAACAAGGGCGGUAUUGGUCUCGCCCUGGAGCUUCUGAGCGAUCUGCCCCUCGGCCAGAGACACACCUUGCUUUCCAGCACUUGAAGUACCCGGACAAGUUCAGCCUUUCUGCGAGCAUCGGCUCCUGCAUUGGCGCCAGUUUCUGGACUGGUGCAAUGGCCCUACUUCAGGCACAUCUGCAGCUCUCAAAUGAGGUCAGUUAUGGUGCGACCAUCAGUGCGUGUGAGAAGGGCUACGAGUGGAGUUGGGCCCUGGAACUGGUUUCUUGCAUGGGUGCUGCUGCCUUGUUGCCGAACACCACAUGCUGUAACUCCGCGAUUUCUGCUUGCGAGAAAGGCUUCCGCUGGUUGAAUGCCCUCGCAGUUUUGCAGGUCAUGGCCUCUUUGCAGGUGAAGCGUUCUUUGGCUGAAUGUGUAGAGUGGGUAGUUUCGGCAAACGCUUGCAUGCUUCCACUUGAUGAGUGGAAGGAGGAUGCAAUUGGUUCCGACGCAGACUUCCAAGACUUGUUCUAUGCAGACUUUAACAGGGCCACGGGUGAAGAGUUCGACUCCUCAAAGGACAAGGCUAGGGAGCCAGCCGUUUUUGACCUCGGUAAAGGUGAGGUCAUCAAAGGCUGGGAAGCAGGGAUUCCCACCAUGCGGGUUGGCGAGGAAGCCAGGCUGACCAUUGCUCCAGAACUAGCCUAUGGCGUGGACGGCUUGCCGCCAAAGAUACCAUCAAAUGCGACUCUCGUCUUUGACGUAGACCUCCUUAGCUUCGAUUGCAAGGACAACCUGUUUGGCGACUGGGCCUGCAUGAGGACCGUCAUCCGUGAGGGUGAUGGCUGGGGCUGCCUGAUGGACGACUGCGAGGUGGAGAUUUCGAUCCGAGCAGAAGCCGAGGAUGGUCGCACGCUCGAAGAACGCCGACAGGUACCGUACAACCUUGGCUCAGGAAAGCUGGGCGACUUAAGCCUGGUGGCAGACCGUGCCUUGCGGGAGAUGAAGAAAGGCGGCUUGGUGGAGCUGAGGUGCGCACCAAAGUAUGCCUACGGAAACGACUCGCAUGGAGAAGUCACAAUCCGAAUAGAAGUGCACGAGGUGUACAUGGACGAGGAUGUGACUCCCAACAAGACCGGCGAGGUGAAGAAAAAACAGCUCCGCGAGGGUGCCAAGAACGAGUCACCGAGGGACACUGCGCAGUGCAUACUCAUCGUGGAGGUGGUGAAGGACAGCAAGGGCGUCUUGAUUGCGUGCUUUGACGGCCCAACUGAAAUCACUUUCCGAGCCGGUGAUGGCUACGUGUGCGAUGCAUUGGAGCUUGCCGUCAAACACAUGAAUGAAGGGGAGCGGGCAAUUGUCACUUGCUCCACUCCAUCCAUGUGCGCUGAUCCUGCAUUGAAGCUGUCAGUCCAGGAAGGAGAAGAGGCAAUCUUUACCGUCGAGCUCAAGAGUUUCCGCCAAGCACGGGGCACUUUUGAAAUGCCUGAAGGGGACAAAAUGGCCUACGGUGCAGAGCGGAAAGAGACCGGGUCUCGGCUCUUCCGGGAAGGAAGGUACUUCCUGGCUUUGCAAAGAUACCGUGGAGUCCUCGAGUUCCUUUCAUAUUGCGAGAACCUUAGCGAGGCUGGUAAACUGCAGAUGAAAGAACUGAAGAAGACUUGCGAGUUGAACCAAGCACAGUGCCGCCUGAAGUUGGGUGAUUUCUAUGGCGCAAAGGUUGCAUGCGAUGCCGUUCUGGCAGAGGAGCCCACUAAUCUCAAGGCUCUCUUCCGCCGGGCGAGUGCCAACCUGAAGCGGAGAGAUUUCGCCGAUGCGCUGAGUGAUCUGAAGCUGCUCUUGGAACUGGAUCCAAAAAACUCCGAUGCCAGACGGUUGCUGCCAGAGGCACAAAAGGGAGCAAAAGAAGGCGAGAAGAAAGCCAGAUCCAUGUAUGCCAAGAUGACAAAGAGCCUGGGAACGGGCAAGGAGGACGUAAAGGGCAUCCAGUUCAGUUUCGACCCGGAGCCCGAGUCGUUCUCUGCAUUGUUCCUGGAUUCGCCGGCUCGCAACACGUCCUCAUGCAAUGCUGGCGACUACCGCCUGUAUGUUGGUGGCGGAGCGAUCAACAGAGCUUUCGGGGACCUGCUCAAGAGGGAACAGGGGCUGCAGUUUGGCAGAACCUCCGAGGACUACCGACAGCUGCACAUGGAGCUGCUGCAUGCCAGCCGGAAGGCGGGUCGGAAACUAGUGUCAGCCAGGGAUUUGCCCAAGGCUGCGGCUUUGCUGCCAAAGCUUUCACUACUAGCAGCAUUCGGCCGCGCAGCUGAUGAAGUCGAGCUGGAAGACGAGAAAGGUGCCGUGCCUGAACUCCGUGGGGCAAUAG